AAAACAGAGAGAGGGGCGCAACAAUAUGAUGGACCUUUUUGAGACCAGCACUUAUCUUUUUGGUGAUUUACGCUAUUUGGAGGAAGGGGAUCAUGGACCACUACAACACCUGGACAUGGCGGGGGUGUCCCCUCUGUACAACAGCAAUGACAGCCCGCUGUCCCCGGGGCAGGAUAAUGUUCCGUCGGAGACCGGGGGCGAAAGCAGUGGAGAGGAGCAUGUGUUCGCUCCUCCGGGGCUCCAGGCACACUGCGAGGGCCAGUGCCUCAUGUGGGCCUGCAAAAUCUGCAAGAGGAAGUCGGCGCCGACGGACAGGCGCAAGGCCGCCACGCUCAGGGAGAGGAGGAGGCUCAAGAAGAUCAACGAGGCCUUUGACGCUCUGAAGAGGAAGACCGUGGCCAAUCCCAACCAGAGACUACCCAAGGUGGAGAUUUUACGCAGCGCCAUCAGCUACAUCGAGAGGCUACAGGACCUGCUGCAGACCCUGGAUGAGCAAGAGAAAGCGCAAAAUGGAUCGUCCUUUAACAUCAAAGACAACAGUGUGACCAGUGAUGCAAACCACUGGAAGAAGACCUCUGAGAUGUGGCCAAGCUCUGCUGAUCAUUCCACUACACCAAUGACCCAGAGAGAAGGAACCAGUGAGUCCUCUGCCUCCUCCAGCCUCCUCCGCCUCUCCUCCAUCGUGGACAGCAUCACCAAUGAUGAGAAAAUCAACUUCCCCGUGGAAGUGUCAGAAAACUGAAAUGUCAGAGAACAUCUUAAAAACAAUUUCAGCAUUUCAAAUUUCCAUUGUGUAUCUCUAAAUUCUUUCCAUGGCGUCUAACCAUUCUGGCUUCUGUUUGUCAUCAAGUCUUUCGUUUGUAUAGGAGCAACAAAUUUGUAAAUAUUUUAUAUUGACAUAAUGUUUAGAUAUAUUUAUUUUAUGUUCAAAGUUAACAAGCUCUUGAAGAAAAAAACAAACAUUUGAUGUCAAUAUUUGUACAUAAAACUGACCAACAAAAUAAAUGACACAAUUGUGAUUUUGCAUUCGUGGAAA